UCCUGGACUCUGGUCCAAGUGGGUCUGACUGGGUGGAGCUUGGGAAUCUGGAUUUAUAGCUGGCCCUGUUGGAGCUGGAACAGAUGAAGAGGGCUGAGAUAUGAAUGUGAGCCCAGGGACCCGGCCACCCGCUGAAGGCUAGGUCACCCCGGGAAAUGGAGGCGGACAGUUGCUAUUGUCUGUUUCGCUCACACAUUGACUGUUAGAACCCCUCAUUCCCAGACCCUGUAGCUGAACCACUGACCUUGGCUGGGGUCCACCUGUAGCCCACACACGGGGAGUCCUUCUGUUCCAGGGGCUCAGCCCAGUUCACCAGGCUGGGGCUUCGUCCAGGUGGGCUUGGGGCCAUGGCUCCAAGCAGGCAGGAAGCCUUUGCUUUCCUGGACUUAUCCCCUGCCUGCUUCUCCCUGGGGGACCUCCCGGCUGGGGCAGGAUAGAUUCCAGGACCCCCCCCAUCCCACAGCCAGCCCCCAGACAUUGCUGACUGAGUCCUCUCUGGACACAGGCUUCAUGGCUUAGCCCAGCCAAUGUGCCCACAGGUGCCAAUACCACUUAUCGGGCCAGAGAACAUCGUGGACGGAGACCAGACACUCAUCCUGGGACUCAUCUGGGUCAUCAUUCUGCGUUUCCAGAUCUCCCACAUCUCCUUGGACAGGGAGGAGUUUGGGGCCAGCGCAGCCCUACUGUCUACCAAGGAAGCCCUGCUGGUCUGGUGCCAGCGGAAGACGGCCAGCUACACCAACGUGAACAUUACUGAUUUCUCCCGAAGCUGGAGCGAUGGGCUGGGCUUCAAUGCCCUCAUCCAUGCCCACAGGCCAGACCUUUUGGACUAUGGUUCCCUGCGUCCAGAUCGCCCACUGCACAACCUCGCCUUUGCCUUCCUGGUGGCUGAGCAGGAGCUGGGCAUCGCUCAGCUGCUGGACCCCGAGGACGUAGCAGCCGCACAGCCAGAUGAGCGCUCCAUCAUGACAUACGUCUCCCUCUACUACCACUACUGCUCCCGCCUGCAUCAGGGGCAGACUGUCCAGAGGAGACUCGCUAAGGUGGGGGAGAAAGGAGGGGUGGGUGAGCAAGGGCUCCAGAGGCAGACAGGCCUAAGUGCGAAGCCUGCCCUGCCACCUACUAGCUGUGUGGCCUUGGCCAAGUCACCCAACUUCACUGUGCACCCUCUGUCACAUGGAGAUGAUGCCUUGAUAACAGAAGGCCAUGUGAGUGCUCCAGGGAGCACUGGUAAUGUGCCCAGCACGGUUCCCAGCAAGGGAAGCCAGGGGAAGAAUGGCCCCUCCUGGGCCUCUCCCUUUUCCCCGACUCUCAGGUUUUUAAGCUUCUAA